AUGGCUGACGAUGAAUUUGAUCAAGUAUCUCAAAUUUUGUUUGAUGGUGUGGAUUCUCUUAGUAAUAUUGGCUCACCAGGAACUCUCAUUCCAAUGACAGAUAAUACACGUACUGUUCUGUGUAGUGAAGACUUCAACAAUGUGAUCGUUGUGGCCACUCAAUUUGGUCACAGUCUAUGUUUAGUAUUUGCACUUAACGGCUGUACCGAGAUUUUUCUUAAUGAUGAAACCGAAGAUCAAGAUUUUGUUGAAAAUUGUCUACAAUGGCUCGCUCGCGGAUAUGAUACUGAAUUCGAAUCGAUCAAUGAUACAGAUUCGAUGGAUAAUGUGGCACGAGCUGGUAAAAUACUGAUAUGGAAUGGACGUGAGGCGAAGAAUGAUUCCUUUAUGAGUGAUCUGUGUGCAUAUUUACAAGAUGGAGGUUCUCUGAUUUGUGGAGCAACUGCCUGGGGUUGA